AGUAACCGGUCUACGGAGACCUGGUCCUGGUCUACGGAGACCUGCUCCUCUAACAGACCUCCUCUGGUCUCUGUAGACCUGCUCCUCAGUCAUGAUCGUCACUAAAACUCUUUUUUUUAAUUGAAAUUUUGUUGUUUUUGUUUUCAGGGAAAAAGGAAAAAGAGGAAGCGAGAGAACAAACCGGACUCCAAACCAGAAGGUCAGAGACUUCCUGUUUGUUUAAUUUUUAUUGACUGAAAUAAAAAAAAUUAUAAAAUAAGAAGUUGAUGUUUUGUGAAAGCUGUGACCCCCCUCACAUUUUAAUGCAGAUUUCUGUUUUUAUUUUUUGUUUUUAUCUUUUCUGUUUUUUUUUCAGUUUUUAUUUUUUGUUUUUAUUUUUUCUGUUUUUUUCUUCUGUUUUUAUUUUUCAGUUCAGAUUUUUUUGCUGAUUUUUUGCUCUUUUUUUCUUUUCUUUUUUUUUUAGCUCUGUUUUCUUUUUUAUGUUUUUUUUUUGUUUUAUUUUUCUGUUUUUAUUUUUGGUUUUUAUUGUUUUGAUUUUUCUUUUUUUCUUUUUUCUGUUUUUUAUUUUUCUGUUUUUAUUUUUGGUUUUUAUUGUUUUGAUUUUUCUUUUUUUUCUUUUUUCUGUUUUUUAUUUUUCUGUUUUUAUUUUUCAGUUCUGAUUUUUUUGCUGAUUUUUUGCUCUUUUUUUCUUUUGUUUUUUUUUUCUUUGCUCAGUUUUCUCCUUCAUUUUUUGCUCUGAUUUCUUUUCUCUCCGUUUUUUUCUUCUUUAUUUAUUUUCAGUUUUUUUUCCGCUCUGAUUUUUCUGCUCGCUCUCUCUGCUCACUGACUCCUCUAACGUUUCUGCUUCUGCACUUUGACAAGCAGCUUUUGAGGUUCAGUGCUAAUCUCUGCAGGUAUGUCAGCUGUCUUUAAACGCCGUGAAGUCACAUGAUCUAUUGAAAGGUGGUUUUAACAGAUCCUGUUUUCAUUUCAUCUGACUCCGUCUCUCAUCCUGUUCCUCCGUGUUUUAACUCUGAGUUGAUUUUGACACGACAUGUUUCUCAGCGCUUCAGCCAUCUUUCUUCGUCUCUGUUUAAUGAUCAGUCGCUCGCUUUGCUCGCUGUCAGGCGGCGUUGAGGGACGUGAACCAGAUUUCGGGCCGUUAGCAGCUCCAUAAUUCAGCUCCUUGUCUUCCUGCAGACUUCUCCAUCAGAAGUAAGAAGCAGUGUGUGCAGUACCUGCCGUCGGAGAAGAUGUGUGACAGCCCCGCCUCCUCUCACGGCAGCAUGCUGGACUCCCCCGCCACGCCCUCUGCAGCCCUGGCUUCCCCCGCCGCUCCCGCCGCCACCCACUCGGAGCAGGCGCAGCCGCUGUCGCUCACCACCAAACCGGAGGGCCGACUGCAUCACCAUUUCUCCCUCCCAGGGAAAUCUUCCUCCUCCUCCUCCUCCUCCUCCUCCUCCCAGCCCACCAUCUCCGUCUCCAUCGGUACUUCAGGGAGUCAGUCCAGCACCCCCAUCCUCUCCCGGCCCAUCCCCUUCACCUCCCUGCACCCCUCCAUGCUCUCCCCCCCCUCACCCUUCCAUCAGGCGGCGUUGCACUCCCAUCAUGCUUUGUUCCAGUCGCAGCCGCUCUCCCUGGUCACCAAACCGACCGAAUGAGUCUCUCUCUCUCUCUCUCUCCGUUAUCAGGCUGUACAUUUGCUUUUCCUCAAAUAGUCAUUAGAACAUUUUUUUAUUUUCUGAAUAUUGAAAAGGAAGAAAUAUUAUUGGUCAAUAUUUGACCUCCUCCUCCUCCUCCUCCUCCUCCUUUUCUCCUCAAUGAAAAAACAACAAAAAUGUAUUUUUUGUAAAGUUGCUGCAGAACUGGUUUCUUUUUUUUGACGCAUUUAUCCGACGAACCUCUUGUAUAAAAGAAGAACCGUGUAAAUAAAGUUUCUUUAAAAAAGUGAAAAAGGAACAAAAACACCUUUUAGCCAAACUGAUUAAUGUUAGUCUGACGAAGAUGAAGAUGAAGAUGAUGAUGAUGAUGAAGAUGAUGAAGAAGAAGUCCUAGUGCUGGCUAAUAACUCGGGUCAGGAGAGAGUGUGUGUGUCGACGUGUGUUGACAUGUAAAAUAAAGAUCUGUUUCUUACA